UGUUGAGAUCCGUGCGUCACAGGGACCUCGGAGGCGGUGUGUUUGCUGUGCUGCCUCAGACCGUGAAGGGGUCAUCACCGAUCAGCGCCUUAAUUGAAUCAAAAAAACGCGCCGAUUGCGUGCCGAUCCACCCGGAUGACCUCCGGAGUGACGGAGGGGACAGUGCGGGGGACAGUCAGCGCCGGAGGAGAUGCGCAUAUCUGCAGGUGCUCUAGCGCUGUCGUAAAACGGGAGUCGGAGGCGAGGCAGCGAUCAUCAGAGCGAUGCCAGGGGUAACCAAGUACAAUUUAGUGGAUGACGCGCACGAUUUGAGGAUCCCCAUGCACAACGACGAGGUGUUUAAGCAUGGGGUGUGCUUCGAGGCAAAGUACAUCGGCAGUCUGGAGGUGGGUCGCCCCGGCAGCCGGAUGGAAAUCGUCGCUGCGAUGAGGAGAAUCAGAUAUGAAUUCAAACUGAAGAAUAUAAAGAAAAAGAAGGUCAACAUUGUCGUGUCCACUGAUUAUGUCAAAGUCAUCUUGCGCAAAAAGAGGAAGAGAAAAGGGUGGUCAUGGGAUGAGAAUACAGUCAUGGUGACACAGGAUCCCAUCUACAGGAUCUUCUAUGUCUCACAUGACGCCCAAGACUUGAAGAUCUUCAGUUAUAUCGCCAGAGAAGGACAGAGCAACAUUUUCCGCUGCAAUGUGUUCAAGUCAAAGAGGAAAUCCCAGGCCAUGAGGAUCGUGCGCACCGUGGGUCAGGCGUUCGAUGUGUGUCACCAGCUGACCCAGCAGCAGAAAAGCGAUGACCAGGAGGAUGAGGAGGGCAAGGCGGAGGAGUCGGAGGCGUUGCCAGCAAAGAAGAGGUUUGCAUUGUCGGAGGAGACCGACCUUGAAGCCACUACAGAGGAGAGCAUUGAAUGUGUCUCCUCGUCAGACCUGGAGAAGAGCAAAAAGGACGAGGCCCUCAGUAAUGAUGGGAAGGUGUCAGAUGACCCGUCUCUCCUGCUGAGCUCCCCCCUCCUCGGAGCCUCUGUGUCGGUUCUGUCUGCAGAGGAGGCCCCCUGCUUCUCGGAGCACCAGGUCCAUCUGCUGCAGAAACAGCUGCGUCAGCAGGAGCAGCAGGCGCUGGCUGCCUCAGAGCAGGUCCAUCUACUGCAGGACCAGCUGUCGGGGGAGGUGUGUGCGCGGACUGAAACGCAGGCCAGGGUGCAGAGGCUGCUGCUGCAGAACACCGACCUGCUGCAACACAUCUCCCUGCUGGUCAAACAGAUACAGGAGCUGGAGCUCAAAGCUGCAGGCCACUUAACAUCUAUGGGCUCCCAGGACAGUCUUCUGGAGAUCACUUUCCGCACCAAACCACCCAGCUCUUCUUUAUCGAUGGGCUCUUUUGCAGCUCAAUCCCAGGUCCAGAUUAUUGACAGCCCCUGGUUCUCCUCCCUCCCCGGGCCCUGCUCUCCUGGCACCCUGUGCACCGACACCAGCCCUCUGGGGUUCCCCGGCAGUGGAGUUCGCCUUGAGUGCUUCCGCUUCUCCUCCCGCCAGCCGGACAGCCAGGAGCAGGUCCAGGACUCGGGGGAGACCCCCAGCGACGGAGGCCCGGACGACUACUCGCCGCUGGGGGAACAGGUCCUGGGAGCUCUGGAGCUGCUCCGGUUCAGGGAGUCGGGUAUCGGGUCAGAGUAUGAGUCGAACACAGAUGAGAGUGAUGACCGGGACAGUUUGGGGCAGGGGGAUGCAGUGGGGGGGGCUGACGGUGCUGCUCGUCUCUUAAACGUGCUGAACGCAGAAAGUCUACCGGACUGCUUAGGGGAUGAGAUGGCGGUGUAGUGGCGCUCUUAUGCCUCGGUGCCACAUUUAUCUCUGUAAAUAUGCAAGUCGCCAGAAAGUAAAACCAUUUUGAAACCUCCGUAAUUCCCAAUGUGUUUGCAAAAUAACUCCUUCAGAUCUUUUCUGGUCAGGAAGUUAACUUCAAGAACAAUGAAAAAUGGGAACUUUUGCAACAGUUUUUGGACAGGCCGCACACACUGUAUGCCACAUGUUAGCAUCAAAUGCUAACUUCCUGUGGUAUUAGCGAAUGAGUUAACAGGCUAUUUCAUUCAAUUCAGUUGCUUCACUACUGUAUGUUGGAAGUCACAUUUUUGAAAAUUGACAUUGUAUAUUGAACCAUUAACUAAUGGAGAUAGUUUACCACAUUGUAAGUUUUAGUAAUGUUAUUUGCCUAAAUGUAUGAUUAGCAAAGCCUACACUUCUCAAAUUGAUUUUAAAUGAAAGUACAAUAAUUCCCUAUUUAAUUUAUUUGCAGUUAUCAGUCAGUAAUGCUCCAGAUGCUUUUUCUGUUACACCGGACAGGGAAAAUUGUGCAGCAGUUGCAGUUCUAUCAAUCUGUACGACAUGUAUUUUCUGGUGUUGAACACUAAGGGGCGUUCUCCGUAUACUGUAUCUAAUUACGGACUCAAAACCAAACUGUGUGGGAACAUGGCUGCACAAAGCAGCAUUGCACUUAUCCACCACCCCAAUGGGAAACAGAUGCAAUCAUGUAUUGUGACAUCAGUAAAAUACAUCAUCGACAUAGCACUACUCUUCUGUUCCGGUUUGCUACUUCCUGUGAACUGAGAAAAUGUUCCAUGCCUGAAAGUAUGUUUUGCUCUGUUGCUGCUUUUAAGACCAAAACAUGUAUUUUCAGAUAAGAAUUUGGCACAGUGCAGCCCUUUUCAAAACUUGGACUGUAUAUUAGUAUAAUCUCUGUGGUGUUUCAUGCUCCGCCUUUCCGAAGAUCUCUGCUUUCUGUUAGUAAGUGUUGCAUACUGUGUGCUGGUCAGUUUGGUUCCUUGAUUCGCUGGGCUUGUUACACUGUGGUUGUGUCUGUGUUUAUGAAGUUGUGACAUAUUCGGCACCAAUGUGGUCAUUUUUGCUGUUCACCCAAUGAAGAUUUUUGAGGAAAAGUCUAUCUGGAUAUGCUAACACAUUUUUUGAGACAAUUAAAAACUGUGCUUGUCAUGACA